AUGGCGAAAAAGAUUACUGAGCUUCUUCCGAUUGAGGUGGAAACUGCCACCAACGAGUAUCGCAACCUUGGUAUUUCUGACGAAGAUGCCGAGUUCUACAGAGAUUUUCCUGAAAAGGACAGAAAGCGACUGCUCUGGAAGGUUGACAUGAGGCUGAUCCCAACUUUGGCCAUGUUGUACUUGAUCUCGCACCUUGAUCGAUCCAAUAUUGGCAAUGCAAAGAUCGAAGGAUUGAUGGAAGACUUGAAAUUGACUGGUGUGAAGUAUAACAUUGCUCUGAGUGUCUUUUUCAUCCCGUACAUCUUGCUGGAGGUUCCAAGCAACAUCCUUCUGAAGAAAUUCAGACGACCGUCGAUGUACAUGUCAAUCCUGGUGCUAUCAUGGGGCAUUGUCAUGACAUGCACAGGAUUUGUGAACAACUUUGGGGGUCUCGUUGCCUGUCGCUUCAUGUUGGGCAUUCCAGAGGCCGGUUUCUUCCCUGCGGCAAUCUAUCUGAUCUCAAGAUGGUAUACCGCCGCACAUCUACAGACCAGGAUUGCCCUUUUCUAUUGUGCAAGUGCCUUUUCAGGUGCCUGUUCAGGCUUGCUCGCUUUUGCUAUUGCAAAGAUGGACGGCGUCGGCAAUCGGCCGGGAUGGGCUUGGAUCUUCAUACUUGAAGGGCUCGCAACAGUCUUUCUGGGGUUGAUUUGCGCAUUGGUGAUGCCUGAUACACCGGCAUUGUCCAGUCGCUGGUUGUCGCCGUCGGAAAUCAGGUUCCUCGACAUCCAAAUCACCAUCAAAGAGGGCGGCCGAGCAUCACAAGAGGCGUCAAACAACAAAUUCCGAUGGGGAGACUUGUUCUCUCUUCUGACCGAUUAUAAGCUGUAUCUUCAAUCUUGGAUUUUAUUUUCUGUGGUUGGAUGUGCCUAUGGCCUCAAAUUCACCAUGCCCAGUAUCACCAAGAGUAUGGGGUACACAUCCUCGCAAGCACAGUUGAUGACCAUACCUCCCUAUGUGGCUGGAGCCAUCAGCGCAUACACAUUUGCACGUUUCUCAGACAGGUUUCAGUGGCGGAUGCCUUUCCUGGUUGGACCGUUGUCACUGAUGGUCCUCGGCUUCGCCAUCAUCGUUGGUUUCGCGCCCAACAUCACCAGCAAAAUCGCACCUUGUUACGUUGGUGUCUUCUUGGUAUGCAUUGGGCAAUACCCUUGCAACCCAGCCGGCUGUGCAUGGUUGGCUACCAACUUGGCAGGACAAUCCAGAAGAGCCAUGGGUCUUGCAUUUGGCGUGGCAUUCAGCAACCUGGGAGGUAUCCUAGGAAGUUACAUAUACCUUGAAGAAGAAAAGCCUGGCUAUGCGACGGGCUUUGGUACCAGUCUCGCGCUGGCAAUCUCAGCCAUUGCUGCCGCCCUCAUUCUAGAGGCAUCCUACAAGCGCAUCAACAGCUCGAGGUCAAGGGUCUCAGAGGAGGAAGUUCGGUCUCGACAUACCGAUGAUGAGCUAGCAAAGCUCGGGGACCGGUCCCUGUUAUUCCGCUAUGCGUUGUGA